AUUGCUAUUUGCCGCGUGGCAUCUCCGAAAACACACGAAAAUUCCCGACCUUGUAGAACUGACGCAUCAAAGCGCCAGUUGCAUGUCGGACGUCGUUCCGUUCGUGUCGUGGGUAUUGUUCUUUUCUUUGAGCGUAAGCCGGUAUGGAGAAUCAGCAGGUGUGGGUGCGAGACCCUCAAGAGGGUUUCAUAAUCGGCAAGUUCAUGGACAUGGUAGACGGAGAUGCGUUGAUCAUACCAUUGGAUCCGAAAUAUCCGCAACGCACUUGUCCGCUGGACGAAGUUUAUCCUGCUGGAGAAUACACCAAAGACGUUGAAGAUAAUUGCGCUCUGAUGUACCUGAAUGAGGCCACGCUGCUCAACAACGUACGAACUCGUUACUUCAAGGAUAGAAUAUACACUUACGUGGCCAAUAUCUUAAUCGCUGUAAAUCCAUACUGGGAGGUCAAGGAUCUUUAUUCUGCUGAAACGAUCAAGGCUUAUAAGGGAAAGUCUUUGGGAGAAACGCCACCUCAUGUUUUCGCUAUUGCGGACAAAGCGUUUCGAGAUAUGAAAGUACUGAAGCAAUCACAAAGUAUCAUCGUUUCUGGCGAAUCAGGAGCAGGGAAAACCGAAUCUACCAAGUAUCUGCUACGAUAUCUCUGUGACUUAUGGGGAUCAACGGCUGGGCCGAUCGAACAGAAGAUUUUAGAUGCUAAUCCAGUGCUGGAAGCCUUUGGAAACGCAAAGACCAAACGAAACAAUAAUAGUUCUCGUUUUGGUAAAUUCAUGGAGGUUCAUUUCGAUUCGAAAUGUCAAGUGGUCGGCGGUUACAUUUCCCAUUAUCUGUUGGAAAAGUCGAGAGUGUGUCUUCAAAGUCCUGACGAGAGAAACUAUCAUGUCUUUUACAUGAUGUGUGCCGGAGCCCCUCCAGAACUUCGCGCGAAACUUGGGAUUACGAGGCCAGACGAUUUUCAGUAUCUAAAGAAUGGUUGUACGCAGUACUUUUGCAACGAGGAGUCGGAAAAAAAAUUGAACGAUGCUCAAAAGAGUCGCGAACAGAGCAUGAAAGGUACCUUGCACGAUCCGAUUUUGGAUGACGUUGAAGGAUUCAAUGCCAUCGAUCAAGAAAAAGCAACGGCUUUAACACGUCUUGGUUUAACCGAAGCGGAAAGAAUGGAAAUUUAUACAAUGGUAGCUGCGGUACUCCACCUUGGGAAUAUCACAUUCGAGGACAAUCCCGAAGAUACGAAGGGCGGCUCUAGGAUAUCCGCUAACUCUGAGAAAGCAGUAUUAAUGAGUGCGAAGUUAUUGGCUGUUGAUCCCGAGGAACUCAGGCAAGCUUUGGUUUCGAAAGUAAUGCAGACUAGUCGCGGCGGUAUCAAGGGAACGGUCAUUAUGGUACCACUGAAAGUCUACGAAGCCAAUAAUGCCAGGGACGCUCUGGCUAAAGCUAUUUACAGUAAAUUAUUCGAUCAUAUCGUAGCUCGUAUCAAUAAGAGUAUUCCUUUUAAAGCUUCGAGCUAUUAUAUUGGAGUUUUAGACAUUGCAGGGUUUGAGUACUUUAAGGUCAAUAGUUUUGAACAAUUUUGUAUAAAUUAUUGUAAUGAAAAGUUACAACAAUUUUUUAAUGAAAGGAUCUUGAAAUACGAGCAAGAUCUUUAUGCAAGAGAAUCGCUUAAUGUGCCGAAGAUAUCUUACGUGGAUAAUCAGGACUGCAUUGAUUUAAUCGAAUCGAAGAACAUGGGGAUUUUCAGUCUCUUAGAUGAAGAAUCAAAAUUACCAACUCACAGUUUUGCACAUUUUACCAGCGAAGUUCAUCGUGUUUGGAAUGGUCAUUUUAGAAUAACCCUACCACGAACUUCUCGUUUGAAAGCCCACAGAGAAUUGCGUGACGAUGAAGGAUUCGUAAUUCGUCAUUAUGCUGGUGGUGUUUGUUAUCAAACGAAUCAAUUCAUUGAGAAAAAUAACGAUGCUCUACAUGCUUCCUUGGAAGCAUUAAUUCAAGAAAGUAAUAACAAAUUUCUAAGAACACAGUUUACCAAUAAUUCUCGUCAGAAAGGGAAACUUACUUUCAUCAGUGUAGGCAGUAAAUUUAAAACACAACUUGGGGAACUAAUGGAUAAAUUAAAAAGCACUGGAACAAAUUUUAUUCGCUGCAUCAAACCGAAUAACGAGAUGGUGGCUCAUCAAUUCGACGGUAACAGUAUUUUGGGACAGCUUCGUUGUUCUGGAAUGACGUCUGUUUUAGAACUCAUGGAACAUGGCUAUCCUAGUAGAGUUCCAUUCCAGGAAUUGUAUAACAUGUACAAAUCGUAUCUUCCGCCAGAAUUGGCCAAAUUGGAGCCUAGAUUUUUUUGCGAAGCGUUGCUUCAUAGCUUAAAAUUGAAUAAGAAAGAUUUUAAGUUUGGAAUUACCAGAGUUUUUUUCAAACCUGGGAAGUUUGCUGAAUUCGAUAAGAUCAUGAAAUCAGAUCCUGAGAACCUAAGGAAGUUGGUAGCUAACGUAAAGAAGUGGUUACUUAAGUCUCGGUGGAACAAGAUGCAGUUUUGUGCGUUAUCUGUGAUCAAAUUGAAAAAUAAGAUCAUCUAUCGAAGACAGCACUUAAUUAUUUUACAAAAAACAGCGAGGAUGUACAUAGCUAAGAAGCAACAUCGUCCUCGCAUAAAGGGAACAGCGAAGAUCGAGAAGUUGAAGACACAGUUAAGUGGCAUGGAAGAAACGUCCGAGCAAUUGAAAAACCGUGAAAAACCUAUGGGCGACAUUAAAAGACUGCAGAGGGAUUUGAAUGCGGCUAUUGAGAAAAUAAAGAUGAAUGAAAAAAUAAAACCAGUGGAAAUCGAUUCUUUGUAUACGAAUUUGGUGAACCAGGUGAACAAACAAAUGGCGUUGUUGCAAGAUAUGGUCGAGCAACAGAAGAUUGCUGAGGAACAAGCAAGACUGAGGAAGAUCCAACAGGAGUUAGAACUCGAAAAGCAGAGAAAAGAAGAGGAUGAACGGAAAAAGAGAGAGGAGGAAGAAAAUAGAAGAAAGAAACACGAUAUCGAGAUGAGAAGGAAGGCAGAAGAGGAGCAAAAGAAAAAGCAAGAAGAAGAAGAUAAGAAAUCUGAUGAGCUUCGCAAAGCACAGUUGGAAAAAGAAGCAAUGGAAAACAGCAAAUAUCGCGAGUUAUUGGAGCAAGAAAGAAGGGAUCAUGAAUUGGCGGUCAGAUUAGCUCAAGAAUCGAAUGGUCAAGUCGAAGAUUCUCCACCAUUUGUGCGAAGCGGUUCCGAUGUACGAGUACCAUCAAACAACAACAGAUUAGCAAGAUCGGAGCAAGUGCGCAAUAAUCAGGCAGCUAUGGCCAAUAAAAAAUACGAUUUAUCUAAGUGGAAGUAUUCGGAAUUACGAGACGCUAUAAACACAUCCUGCGAUAUCGAAUUGUUAGAGGCUUGUCGUCAUGAAUUCCAUCGAAGACUAAAAGUUUACCACGCGUGGAAAGCGAGAAAUCGCAGGCGAACAACCAUGGAUGAAAAUGAAAGGGCACCAAAAUCUAUUAUGGAAGCCGCUGCCAAAACCUCAGUGCCUCAAAUGAAACAGCCUAUAAUCGGAUCAUCGCAACGAUAUUUCAGAAUUCCCUUCGUACGACCAGCUGCAUCCGGUCAACAAGAUAACUCGCAUACAUCUUGUAAACGAGGAUGGUGGUACGCUCAUUUCGAUGGUCAGUACGUUGCCAGACAGAUGGAACUUCAUCCUGAUAAGGCACCGAUUCUGUUGGUGGCAGGUAUUGAUGACAUGCAAAUGUGCGAACUGAGCCUAGAUGAGACUGGAUUGACGAGGAAACGCGGAGCCGAGGUAUUGGAACACGAGUUCAAUCGUGAAUGGGAGAAACACGGAGGCAAACCAUACGUACCUCCGUGUGAUCGUAAGAAAUGAAACCAUUCCAUCAAACAGGCGAAAGUAGUUUUAAUAUAGAUCUUAUAAAUUUUUGUAUUAACCCACUUUGAAAGUGAACCCAUAGCACAGUGCCUUAGAAUUUGUGCCUUACUCGUUAUACAAAAAAGGCAAUUCUUUGGAAAGCACGAUAUAUUGAUUAAUAUUAUCAGUUAUAAAAUUUUUCAUUUGAGAAGUGUAGGGAGAUAAUUGCAUCUACAGUGAAUUUAAGGAUGAGUGGACGUAUAAUACAUAUACGUUUGAUGCCUGGUGCGAUGUGAUAUAUACACAAUAUUUCAAUUAGCUAUUUGAAUGAUCAUGUGGGAACAGGAUUCUUAAUACGAUAGAUUUAAUUGUUCAGUAUUCGAAGUCAGUAUAAAAAUGUGUUAACAAUUUUUGUAAUUAAAAGGAAAUUAUUCGUAGAAAAAAAUAGAUCUCAUUCAAGUUGAACUUAUACCUUUCUUUUUAAGAAGGAAAAAGUAUGUAUGUCGAUUUGCCUAAUGAAAUCAAUUUAUGGUAUUAAGGUUUAUUGAAAAUCGAUGAACUUUUAGUAUAUAAAAUUUCUUCAUAUUUUGUAAUGGAAAAGGCUCAUGGUUCCUUCGAGUAAUAUACAGCAUCGUUGAAAAGACUAUCUUCUAUUAUGUAUAAGUAAUUUUACUUAUUUACAAGAUAUAUUGUUGCACAUUUAACGCGAAUUGUACGUUCGUUUUUUUAGUAGAUAUAAAAAAAUUCAUGAAAUAUAUAAUAUGCGAUCAAUUAUUCUUACAAAUAAAUAACAUUUAUGCCAUUUUUCGUUUUGUGUUAGGGUAACAUCGUGUAUAGUUUCUAAUAAAAAUAUUUGUACUCGUAGCAAUAUAUUAGUAAUGCUAAAAUAAAAGCUUAGCUAGGAGGUACCCAGACACAAUUAUUUUUCUCGAAUUCUCUGGCAACUGCUAAACAAAGAUGAUCUUGAUAAGAUGCAGACAUCACCUGGAACACAAUUAUGGAAUGUAUCAUAAAGAAAUGAACAUGGAAAAAACAUGUUAGAAAGUCUGAA